AUGGACGAACUCACCUGCCUUGGGUGUGGAAAGACUUUCAACAGCCAGAGGCACCUGAGCGCACAUGAGACGCUAUGCGAUACUCACCAUGAAUUUAGCAAACAGGUCAGCAAAUCUUACCACCGUGUUGAGAAGAGCCGAAAGAAUAAGAGGCGAAGAAUCAACCACCGAGACCACCAAGAUGUCUUAGACGAGGCUGACGAAGGAGCUGGGAUUCCAGAUCCCCUUGAAGAUAUGGGUGAUAUGGAGACUGACAACUGGGGUGUUCAGGAUGACAAUAUUCCUGGACCCUUGCAACGAUCCCCUGCAUAUUCCCCACCAUUACCUGAGUCCAGUGCGGCUCCCCAGCAUUCCAAUCGCUCUGGGCGUGUUAUUCGCAUGCCCAAACGAUAUGACGACUUCGUUCCCAGCGAGGAUGUACCCGAUGAGCCUCAGCCUAAAGAUGUCAUGUCUGAAGAGGGAGAUCACACCGGCAAUGAGCUAAUUUCUUUCGAGACAGAACCAGAUACAAUGGGAUUAUACCAAGUACUGGUACCACCCUCAAUACUCUAUGCAACUCUCUGA